GGUCAAAGUCUUAAUAUCGGGACUAUAAGGAUGCUAUCAGGACGAUUAAAGCAUUUGAAGUCAUGUUUUUCAUUAAAGUUUAACCAAUUCUGACAUUUCUCCAGAAUUAUGAGAAAAAUUCCAUCAAUUUUGUUCAAUGUUGGUAGUUUUUUGACCCCGUCAUUUUAUUUGCAUUUUGGUGUCAAGCACAUGGAGUAGUUGCUGGUUGUUGUUGCAAAGGCGCGUUUAUACAAUUUUGAAUCAGGAAUGGCAAUCGUGGUAACCAAGGAUUGAAAAUAUAGUUGAUGAAAUGGAAUCAAGAAAUGAAGAGAAUCAUUCCACCCCAAUAAAGAAUGAACAAAAAGGUGAAAGACAUGGACCUACACAAAAACAUAUCCAAAUCAAUCUUUCCAAAGAAUACUUUGCUUCAUUGGUGAAUUCUGAUGAUAUUGCUUUUGAAUCAGAAAGGAAAAUGGAAUUCCCAUUUUAUCCCGAAGAGGCACCUUCAAACCAAGAUAUGGAAGGUCGCAUUGGCAAAGAAAGUGACAAUGAAUCAGGAAUUACACCAAUAAUACAAGAUGAAUCGCCCAUCAAAGGAAUCAUGAAAUUUAACAGUAGUGAGAGCCCAAGGAAGGAAGAAGAGACCACCAAAAGAGCUAGCUAUUCACCCAUGAAAAAGACAAGUUCACCAGGGAGUAAAAGCCCAAAAAGCCUAAAGAAGGUUAGAAUCACCGAGCCAGGAAAAAGUUCAACUGGCAAAACAGCACAAAGUAUAACAGAAAUCGAAGGCAUUAGAACCCAGCUAAAACAUAUGAUUGAGUUGACAAAACUUCAAAGCACUUCGGAAACACCGCACGGAAAGAUCCAAGGAAUCUUGCCAGAAGAACACCGCGAAAACCAAGUUGAUGCCUCCAACGUGUUCGACGAGGCGAGGAAGUCCUUCGACAGUAUGACGUCACUAAGGGAACUGUUAGCUCAUACCUCUCCUCCGCUGCUGAUGGAUGAGCAUGGGAUAAUGCGUGGACCGGAAAGGCAGCAAAUUCCACGUGUGGAGAGAACGACGCAUGAAUAUGUCUCUCCCCAAACUGACCGUUCACUUUCUAUUGAGAAUUCCAUUUUAAAGGAGAGUUUAGAGCGAGAAAAGCAAAGGCGAAAGCAUUGCGAAGUUCAAAUUCAAAAUUUACAGAAAAAGGUUUUGGAAAUGCAGCAGCAGCUGGCGGUUGCAGUCGCAACGGAUAGAAAAAAGGCGAUCAUGAUUGAGCAACUCGAUAAGACCCUUGCUAACAUAGUGGCUGGAUGGAAGAAACAAGAUUCUGAAAAGAUCAAAACAAUUCAGAAAGUGCGCGAAGAAAAUUCGAUUUUACGAAAGUCUCAAAACAAACAACAAGAGCUACUUGAGCAGUUUGAAAAAGAAUUGGCCCAAGCCGUGGAAUCAUUAACCAAAGAACAAGCGAGAACCAAGGCUGCUGAGCGAGAAAAGCAAGACGAGAUCCAAAGAUAUCAAGAACUGAGAGAAGAGGCUUACAAAAAACUUCAAAAUGAACAAGAUGCUUUGAAAAAGUUAAAUCAAGACAGGGAACGGGUAAUCACCGAGAAGAGUGAAUUGAACAAACAGUUAAAUGAUCUUGAAGAACAAGUUGAGGAGAAUCGCAGCUCGUGGAUAAAAGAGAGACAGGACCUAACGAAAGCUGCCAAAGAUGUCGAAGAACGAUUGCAAGAAGAAAUUGAGAAACUCAAGGAAACUGUAUCAUCCGCCCAGACUGAAUUACAGACGUCAAAUGCGAAUGCUUCAACAUUAGAAAAUGACGUAAAAAAUCUGCAAAUAGAUCUUGAAACUGCAUUGAGAGAAAAGGAAAGUUUAAAGGUUGAAGUCACACUGCUUGAGACAAAGAUAGACUCUAUCCAGACGAAACAAGAAUUUGAGCAAAGAGCUUUAUUGGAAGAAGAGUUCAACAAGAAGAUCAAUAUUAUUCAAGAUGAAAUCAUGAGAACAGAAACCCAAUUAAAAAACGCACACAAAGAUCAGAUUUUUGAAUUGAAUCAACGCCACAAAGAGGAUCUUGAAUUGCAGCUGAAAAGAUUCCAUGAGGAAAUCAAUAAGCGAGAAAAUCAAACAGAGAUGCUUAAGAGAGAUUUCGAGACGAGGCUUUCUGAAGCAGAAGACGAAAUCCACGAGCUCCGAGACUCAAAAGCAAAACUAGAAGCCCAAAGAAAAGAAUUAACUCGACGUUUACAUUCACUUAUGCAGCAGCAUAUACAAGAAGCAGUCUCAUUGGUGAGCGUCACCGGUGGCUUGCAGACGCCUUCAGCCCACCAUAUUACAGAGGCUGUAGACCAGUAUGGCUUUAAAGACAACCUCGUGAUGCAUUCACUCCAUAAUGAGAAACCUAUGGACUAUAGUCCACUGUCUUCUACUGUGACUGAGCCAAAAGAAGUAGCCAAACUUCGAGACAGUGUUAGCAGCAUACAUUCAAAAGAUUACCUCCCUACUUCGGGUAUGGGUAGGUUUUACGGCGACAGCUCAAAGUUGUCUCAAAAUAUGCCUGAUUCGGCAAGUUUGACCAGUCUUUUCGAGCCUAAAACUAACAACAAAUCAGAGCAAUGGAACCGAACAUCUGGAAUCACUGCGGAGCAAAGGGAUUUGGUCGAUAGCCUCUAUUUACGUGAGCAACAGUUCCAGUCCGGUCUACAGAGUCUCAGCGACAAGUUGCGAUUGACGCGAAACGAAUUCGACAGGGGUCAGGAAACUCUUGAACAGAAGCCCGCAUUGCAUGACGGGAAUCGUCGUCACUGGAUUGAAGAGGAUGUGACCGAGCCAGCUGACAACUGGCAUCAAAUUCAACAACUCUUAAAGCACAGAUUGGAAGAAGUAACACAAGGAGAUGAGCGGCGGAUUCAAUCAGACCCCGGAUCACAAGGAGAGCCUGCUGACUAUAACACCAGAAGUGGCCUAUUUGAUACAUCAACCAAGGAAAAGCAAGAAGCUCAAGAACCCCGCCAAACCAAACUAACGUCUUUGAUUAAAAAGUUGCUCAAUAGAUCACCGGGUAACCCAACCGAAGAUGAAGAUGAGCGGGAAAACUCUGCGGUAUCGAAACAAGUUGGUGACUUAAGAAACACCCGACGAGUGGAUAGAGACCUGCCAGUCACGUUAUCCGAUUUAACCAAUCAAGAACAAGCGAAACAGUUUGAAUCCUUUCCUAUUGGCUCCGACUCGGUAUCACAAGAUCCGAUAAAGGGUGUUCUAAAGACUCCGCCUCGGGCUCCGCAAACAAGCCAUGCAGCCCAUGCUUUCAAAAAGUCUGUUCUUAAGGAAAGGCCAGUCAAGCCAGGAUAUUUUUCAAACGCAGAUCCUGACUAUUCAGCUCGUAGGAGUCCACAAAAGGUUGUUGGAGUGGCCUCCCAGUAUGGUAGCGACUCUGAGCCACAUAACUUGCAGAGCUUUCUGAAGGCCCUUGGAGUCGAAAAAGGAACAUCGGGGGAAAAUUUAGAAGAAGUUAUCAAGAUGUUAACAGCAUUCCAAGCAAGCCAAUCCCAGAAGAGGCAAGUUGUCAAGCAUUCAACAGAACAUCCAGAUGCUGUACGGUCUUCAAGAAGCUCAUCAGCGACUCAACGACCCAAAUCUAACUCGCAAUGGCAUCAAAAACACCACGAGAGAUCGCAAGUUGUCGAAAUUUUUUCUCAAUUGCAAAAAAUCUAUGGCCAUUCAGAAGGAUCACAUAGCGAGAAACAUUCAUCUGCAGACGCAGAAACGAAGAUUAGUUCGAGACCUGCCGCUUCUUCGAAGCGCCAAAGCCAUCCAGCCACAAAACCAGGAAAACUCAAACAGCAAAGAAAAACAAUAGCCGCUGCGAGGCAGACUGUGAGUGCCUGGAAGUAGCUUGCUCGUUGCCAGUGCUAUGUAAAAACCUCUUCAAUUUAGUCCUUGUGUCAAUGGUAAUCAGAUUGGAAAGAUGCAGGAACUGAAGGCCAGCUGCUCCAAUUUUGACCUUCCUUCCUCUCUGCUAAAGAAUAGAAUUUUGUUUACAGCAAGGAACCUUAAUUUAUAAAACGAUUUAAAGGUGCUUCGAAACUAUUCCGCCUCAUUAUCAGUAGCAUUCCUAAACCCUAACCAUGCAAUGUAACAAUUAUUGCCUCAUUCUAGUUUUGCCUAGACGAUUUAAUAGGAAUAUUUACCCUAUUUAAGUGCCCUAUAAAUAUUCUAUUUCUGAAAGACAACGAGUUGAAAUAAUUGUAUCAAUACAUUAAUUACUUCCUGUGGAGUGCGAGACUGUACAAAGUUGUAAGUAAACACUUUUUCUAUCUUCCUAUUAUCAUAACUACAACACAGGAUAUUUUACUCGAAAAUUGCUUGCCUGUUUGGCAUGGCUUCAUUGUAAAGCAUUUGUAAAUAAUGUCCUAUAUUAACACUGUAUUUUUCUGUGGUUUUGUAUUUUACUGUAUCUACUAACUCUUACUGUAUCUAAUAAUUCUCUUGAUUCGCGGAUUUUGGAAUUUUGGCUGCCUGUUUCAAAAUAAAGAAGUUUGCUACUGUUAUCGAUAUUAUUUAAAAAGGAUUUUAAGACAGAUCCUUGA